AUGCUACCAGUAGAUGACAGACUUCUAGACUUACAGAUCUACAAACUUCUCCAGUGUGUCCACCAGAAAGACAAGAAGCAAAUAGAAAAGCUGGUCCAGCACGGCUUCCCCAACCUCAUUAAUUUCACAGAGCCUACAGAUGGGUACAGCGCCCUCUCUUUGGCCUGCACCAAGAAUGACACCGACAUCUGCAGCUUCUUGCUACAGCUGGGAGCUCAUCCAGAUGUCCAGGACAAAAUGGGACGUACUCCAGCAAUGAGGGCAGCUGAGCUGGGCCAUGACUUGGUUCUGGACUUACUAGUAAAAGCUAAAGCAGACAUGACUGUUGUUGAUAAUGAAGGGAAAGGUGUUUUGUUUUACUGCAUUUUACCUACAAGACGUCAUUAUCACUGCACUCAAAUUGCCCUGGAUUAUGGUGCAGAUCUUAACAACUGUACUACUGAUGGGAAGCCUAUAUUUCUACAAGCCUGUGAGCAAGCUCAUGAUAUUAAAGAAAUAUGUCUGAAUUUCUUGGAAAGAGGAGCAAAUCCCAAUUCAAGAGACCCAGCCACGGGUCGCACAGCCUUAAUGGAAGCAGCACGAGAAGGUGUUCUUGAGCUGGUGCGUGGUAUACUCGAGAGAAGAGUUGACGUUAACGUAUUUGACAAUGAAAGACACAAUGCUGCACAUUUUGCAGCCAAAGGAGGCUUUUUUGAGAUCCUGAGGAUUAUUUCAGCUUAUAAUGGAGACUUGGGCCUGAUCGCUAUGAAUGGCAACACACCACUUCAUUACGCUGCAGAGGGAGGAUUUGCAAAUUGCUGCAAGUUUAUAGGACAAAGAGGCUGUGAUCCUACGUGGACAAACUUGUUGGCAAAGACUCCAAGAGCUGUUGCCAAGGAAGGCGGUUUUAAAGCAGCAGUAACUGAAUUGCGUAAAAUUGAAAAUAACUUUAAAAAACAGUCCAAGCCCGGAGCUAAGGAGAACAACCCCCAGUGGGCACUGAGGCUAUACGACUGGUCCUUAGAGCACCAGGCUGCCCUCCGGAAGGCAUUUGAGGCCGUCGACCAAGGAGAUGGAACAGUAGCUAAGGAUGAUUUCAUAUCAGUUAUUCAGAAGCGGUGUGCCUUUGUGGACACUGAGCAAAUACAAACUAUUGCUGAAGCACAUGAAAGAUCUGACCCUGAAGGAAUCAACACUGAAGAAUUUUUUAAAGGCUCAAAAUACUUGCAGAAAAACUGUCUUAUAACAUCUUAUGGACCCAAAGGGAAGAAAGGAAAGAAAGGGAAGAAACGAAGAGGCAAAAGAGGCAUUGCCGUCCCCAUGCCAAUUUGCAUUAUUCCAAAGAGUGCGUGUCCACUUAGGGAAGAUGGCUUCCCUGUAUACAUGAUUGAGGCUGUUCAGAACAUUGCUGAUAGCUAUCGUUUUAACCGAGACCACCCAUCUGCCCACCCCGUGCACGACGACCGUGCCUGGUAUAUAGAUGAACCAAGGAAAAUGUACAUGAACAUUAACUUCCUUGUCAGGGCAGGAGACGUUCUGUCUCUACAGAAAGCAUUUGAGGAGGGUGUGCCAGUAGACAUAAAAGAUAAGUAUUACAAAACACCUUUGAUGGCUGCAUGUGCAAGUGGGAACAUAGACUUUGUGCAGUAUCUUCUGGAAAAGGGGGCCAACGUGAAUGCAACAGAUAAUUUCAUGUGGACUCCCCUCCACCACGCUUGCUAUAAUGGACAUCUAGAGAUUGCUGAGCUGAUAGUGAAGGCUGGAGGAGCAGUGGAUGCACCUGCAAUAGGCAAUGCAACCCCACUAAUGAGAGCCAUUGAGAUCUGUAGAUUGGACAUGGUACAUUUUUUAAUCAAUGCAGGUGCCGACAUCCAAACAACAAACAGCAAUGGAAAGAACGCUCUUGAUAUUGCUGAGGUAUUUGCAGAUUCUAGAAUAAUCGAUCUGCUUCAAAAUAAACUGGACAAUUUGCUAAAGGUAUCAGAAAAAAAAGGAGCAGAGAAAGAAAAAGUUGCAAAGCCAAGGUCACCUUCUACACUGACACCUGGAGAGACGCAAGCUGUGAAAAAAGAGCUUUUACAGGUAUCUCUGGCAGUUGUAGAAAAACCUGAUCUUGAAAAGGCAGCAGAUUCCCUUAAAGACAGUGUUAUUUAUCUGAACUCGCUGAUAACCAGUGGUGCUACUAAGAAAGAAGACAUCGCAUUCGAACCCAGAAAAAUUUGGACCCCUGAAGCCACAACAAAGGAGCUGGUAAGAAAGCAAGAAUUGCUCCGGGAGCGCUCUACUCUUCAUGGCAACUCAGAAGUCUUCUUGACCCCCUUUAAGAGAAAAGUUAUGGAAUAA